UUUUAUACGAUAAAAAUAGCAAAUACCGUUGCUUACGUCAAAGAACGCUUUACGAUGUAAACAAACAACUAAGUUAAGAAUUAGAAUAUCUGAUAUGAUUUGCGCAAUCAACCAUUCCACACUACAUUUAUGAAGCAUAGGUGCUGAUUUCCAGUUCUUAUUGGUAAUGUAAAAUAGACAUCUUCAAAAAAUGUCAAAACCCAAUAGAGUUCCUGGUUACAUGCAGUCAAAGGGUAACCGCAACAGAGGGCCUAUAGGUGAUAGGGAGAUACGGUACAAAUGUUCGAUGACAAACACUAUACUAGAUGUGCUGCGCGCUAGACCAGGCUGGCAGGAAGUGGCAGGCCCCAAUGUGAGCGCUCAACAGCAACAACAGCAACAACAACAGGGAGCCACAAAGGGGUCAGCUGUGUCAAGCACGCAGCAAGGAAAAGACAAAUCAGGUAGUUCCCAGAAUCCUGCCCCAAACAAGGAGCCCACAAACACAACCACCAGUUUUAAGACUAGUGACGGUGACUGGGACUUCUUCUGGUGUGACCGGGAAUGGCUGCACGCCAACUAUGACUCCAUGUUCCUGCAGGAGCACCAAAAGAUACUUCAUUUCAGGAACCAUUAUGAGUUAACGCGUAAAAAUCUGAUGGUUAAGAACCUGAAAAGAUUGCGCAAGCAGACAGAACGAGAACAGGGGAAAAAGGAGGCUGAGAGUUUCGACUUUUUUCCAACGACAUAUGAGCUGCCUACACCAGAUUAUGAAAAACAUGGAUGGACAGAUGACAAUCAAUGUAAAGGUGGCACUUUCCAUAGCGAGUAUCACAUCUUUGUGGAGGAGUUCAAGAGGCUGCCGGGGAUCAUCUGGAUCAUGAAGCCCGCAGCCAAGUCACAGGGACGGGGUAUCUUCCUCUUCCGGAAACUCAAGGACAUCACCGACUGGAAAAAGGGUGAAUACCAGCCCCUGACUGACCCUAAUAGAGAGGUACCCGAGACCUAUGUGGUGCAGCGUUACAUAGAAAACCCUUACCUGAUUGGAGGACGAAAGUUUGACAUUCGCGUCUAUGUUUUAGUUGUUUCUUACAACCCACUGAAAGUAUGGCUGUACAGAGGCGGCUUUGGAAGGUUUUCUAACUCCAGAUUCUCUCUUGAUUCCAUAGAAGAUACCUACGUUCACCUGACCAAUGUGGCGGUGCAGAAGACAGCCCCUGAUUAUGACCCUGAUAAGGGCUGCAAGUGGGCUACCCAGCAGUUACGCCAGUACCUGGCAGCCAAGCAUGGAACAGAGGUGGUGCGGAAGGUCUUUCAGGGCAUCGACAACAUCAUCAUCAAGAGCCUGCACAGUGUCCAGAAGAUCAUCAUCAAUGACAAGCACUGCUUUGAGAUGUAUGGCUACGACAUACUGCUGGAUGCAAACUUGAAACCGUGGCUGAUAGAGAUCAAUGCAUCGCCAUCACUCACUGCUAGUGGGAAGGAGGACUAUGACCUCAAAUAUGGCGUCCUAAAUGAUGUCCUCAAUGUGCUUGACUUGGAGAACAGGUUAACUGGGAAGGAGAAGAGAGUGGGUGGGUUUGACCUCAUCUGGGAUGACGGGCCUGUCAACGCAGACGAUGGCUCCAUGGAGUGCAGUAUCAACAGCUCAGCAACAACAUCCAACUCAUUCCUAGGGUGCUACUGUGACAGGAAGAAGCAGUUGCGAGACAUCUUCACAGCCGCGCAGGCUCUCAAGAAGACUGCAACCAGCUGAAGAACCUUGGAGAUAAUUGUAUCCAUAGUGACUCACAAAGACCUGCAAGACUUCCUGUGAAUGUGUCAAGUGGCUUUGUAGUUCGGUCAGCAUUUGAGUCGUGUUCUGGGAAAACUGGUCUUAACCCUUUGCAUGCUGGGAUAUUUGUCGUCUGCUAAAUUGGUGUCAGCUGAAUUUCUAAAAUCAUCAUUUCCUUCUCUUUUUUUCAAAGACCACUAUCAGAAUAGCAAACAGUUUGGAUCCUGAUCAGACGCCACAUUUUAUGGCGUCUGAUCUUGAUCCAACCUGUUUGCAAAGGCCUUUAAAAUUCUGUUCCAGCGCUAAAAGGGUUAAUGCAUGUGCAUGCAGCAUUCUGCACAGGCUUAUCUGGGUGGUCACUCAACGCUUUAACUUUAUUUUCUUAAAGAGACAUCCAUUUAAACAAAAACACCAUAAAAGCAGAAAGUGUUGUCCCUGAUAAGCCUGUGAAGAUUGGACAGGCUAACCUGGGAUUACACAUUAUGCUUAUGCAUUAGGCCAAAUGUUCCCAGAAUGUGUUGCUGACAUUUGAAAGGAUAUGAUUUGGGGACAUAAUAACUUUUCAAAUGUUUUUUUUUUUUAAUGUCACUGACCGAGAAGUGAGCUUGGAUCAUUCAACUGUUUUGUUUUCAUCAAUUUUUUCUCAGGUUACAGUGGCAUAGAAUGUUGUGUUGAGAACAAUCAGCUGAAACCUGCCUUUCAGAUAAAUAUUCCUGAUUAUUUGUCAUUAACAGGAAAUAUAUAUACUCAAAAACUAAUUAUUGUUGUUCGAUAUUCUAGGAGAUACUCAAAUCUCAUCUGAGUUUAGCAAAAAAGGGGAGAAUGUUCCUAAUACUGGGGGUCUGUCAUUGCAUGUUCUCAGGUGAGCACAUAGGGUAAUCACGGCCUUCAAGUUUUUCUUCACCAAUUGUGAUUUUUAGCGCGGCUGUUUUCCGCGUCGUUCUAAAACCUUGACAUUUGUCUCUAAAAUCAAAGUGCUUCCACCUACAACUUUGAAACUUCAUAUGUAAAUGCACCUUGAUGAGUUCUACAUGCCACACCCAUUUUUUGGGUCACUAGGUCAAAGGUCAAGGUCACUGUGACCUUUAAAAAAAAAAUUCUGACAAGCUUUUAUGUAUUCAAAACUGCACACGUAGCCGAGCCUGGCACCCGUUAUGCGGUGCUCUUGUUCUCAUUUGUCAUGGGGAAAUUGUACUUGACAUUCACUGUGUACCAUUCAAACGCUAAAACAUGCAAUAUUUCUUUGACUGCUGUUAACCAGUGAUGAUUGUUUCCAUGGCAACAUGUUUAAUCUAUGAGUGCAGAUUGUUAGAAAAGUUUCUUUUAAUGUUGCAUUUUGUUCAGGAACUUUUCCGACCAAUCCGUCCAUUUUAUUUUUUCCCCAAUAAUUAUUUUUAUGCCCCCUUUCAAAGAAAAGGGGGCAUAUAGUGAUCGGACUGUCUGUCCGUCCGUCUGUCUGUCUGUCCGUCUAGCUGUCACACUUUGCGUUUAGGUUUCGAAAAAUGCUCAUAACUUCUAUGUCCCUUGAGAUAUAACCUUCAUAUUUGGUAUGCAUGUGUAUAUGGACAAGGUCUUUCCAUCACACCCAAAAAUUUACCCCUGUGACUUUGACCUUGAACUUAGGGUCCGCGUUUAGGUUUCAAAAUCUGCAUUUAGGUUUCAAAAAAUGCUCAUUAUUUAUAUGUCCCUUGAGAUAUAACCUUCAUAUUUGGUAUGAAUGUGUAUAAGGACAAGGCCUUUCCAUACGCACACAAUUUUUUACCCCUGUGACCUUGACCUUGAACUUAGGGUCCGUGUUUAGGUUUUCGAAAUCUGCGUUUAGGUUGCGAAAAAUGCUCAUAACUUCUAUGUCCCUUGAGAUAUAACCUUCAUAUUUGGUAUGUAUGUGUAUAUGGACAAGGCCUUUCCAUACACACAACAAUUUUGACCCCUGUGACCUUGACCUUGAAGUUAGGGUCAGCGUUUAGGUUUCGAAAUCUGCGUUUAGGUUUUGAAAAAUGCUCAUAACUUCUAUGUCCCUUGAGGUAUAACCUUCAUAUUUGGUAUGCAUGUGUAUAUGGACAAGGCCUUUUCAUACGCAAACAAAUUUUGACCCCUGUUACCUUGACCUUGAACUUAGGGUCCACGUUUAGGUUUCGAAAUCUGCGUUUAGGUUUCGAAAAAAGCUCAUAAUUUCUAUCAAGCGUUUAUAGGGGGCAUAAGUCAUCCUAUGGUGACAGCUCUUGUUCAAUAUUCAAGAUAGCAACUUGAUAUUUGGCAUGCAUGUGCAUCUCAUGAAGCUGCACAUUUUGAGUGGUGGAAGUUCAAGGUCAAGGUCAUCGUUCAAGGUCAAAGGUCAAAAAAAUAAAAUAAAACAAAUUCAAAGCAGCGUUCUCAUGAAGCUGCACAUUUUGAGUGGUGGAAGUUCAUGGUUAAGGUCAUUCUUCAAGGUCAAAGGUCAAAAAAAUAAAUAAUUCAAAGCGGCGCAAUAGGGGGCAUUGUGUUUCUGACGAACACAUCUCUUGUUUUAAUUUCUUCUUGUACAUAUUUGUUUUGUAUAUUUAAAUUUAUGUUUUGCAAUAAAUUUCUUGAAUGAUAAA